AUGGCAAGCGCCUAUAAUUUAUCCGAUGAGAUUCUACGCGUAUUUGUCAAUACACAGCGUAGUGAAAUGACAUUGGCCGAUUUGCACCAGCAUUUAGCUGAUCACAGCGAUCGUUUAACUACGGAUGAUCUUCUUCGUGUGUUUCGAUCGGCGAGUCUGAUAAAUCUUUUCAAUCUACAAUCGAUAUCUAAUGAUUUAUGUUUAGUACAAUUGAAUCCAAAAUUAACUCUCUGCGAACUCUGUCUAAAGCGACAAUGUAGGACGAUGCGUUGUUCAAAACUACACCUGUGCUGUUUUCCGGCCCAUUUCUUUCGCAAACCAUCGGAUAAAGAAUGUUGUUUCCCACAUAAACUUACUGAACAUCCAAACAAUGUCAUACUAUUAAGAAAGUUCAAUUACGAUGUGUUUGAUGAAAAUCUACUUCUCGAUUUACUUCGUCUUCAUCUUAAAGCGAACAAAGAAAACGAAGCGACCAAUACCAAACCGUUCAAUCCAGAUCGACGUUUUCCUGCGAAACAAUCACCAGUACACCUAAAUAAUCGUCCGCCAACGAGUAGCUCUCCAACAACUACGCCGCAGCAUCGAGUCUUGAAAUCAAGACCGCCGUCGACUACAAAAAAAUCACCUAUGCAAUCAACAAUUCUGACAGAAAAUGUGGCCGAACGACAGUUAGAUAUCUGUAUCCCAUCAGAAAAAGAUGCACCAGACGUUGAUCUCGAAAUUGUUCAAUUGGUUCUAGCAACAAAAGACAUCAUUAUCGAACGACAAUUAGACAAACAAGUUUCCAAUGAUUUCUAUCGAAGAUAUACUUUGCAGUUUAAGAGUAAACAAAUUGUUGAUACUCUGCUACAAACUGAGCCAGUUAUCACUUAUAACAAUGUUCCCAUUAAAAUGAAGCGAACGAUCCGACAGAGAGACGCACGACUUUUCGCGUUCAAAUUUGAUACAGAUAAAAAAAUAGAUUCGAUGCGUUUGAAUUUAUAUGUCGAAACGCUCGUGGGUAAACACAAUGGGGAUAUAAUUGAUAUGACACCAGAUGGUAGUGAGCAGCAAGUCUAUCUUGUUCGUUGCAAAGAACCAAUCGAUUUCAAUCAUUUAUACAGAAUAUAUUCGACGAAAAAUACAUUACAAGGUUUUCGUGUCAUUAUCACUGAAAUCUAUGCAGCGGAAACCCUGGAAGUGUCUUUUAUGCCAAAUAAACCUCAUAAACCGAUGAGCAUCGAAUAUUUACGAAAACUGAUUGGCGAAACUCGCUGGCAACAAGAUGUCUUUGCUUGCGUUGCCAUUCAUGACGAGUAUAGCGCUGACAUUGAAUUAAUGAAUGAAGAGGUUACGACCAACUGGUUAUUGGAUGCGAAUCGAUUCGAACGAGAUCUGUUUCUUAGUAUUCGUCCUAUCAUUGAUUUCAUCCCAUCACCUGAAAAGAAUGAGGAAGACGAUGAUGAAGAGGUCACAAACUUACUUGCUGAAUCGCCAGUGGCAACUUCCAUUUCACCUUCCAAUGCUUCGGUUGACUCAUCAAAGGAAGAGAAAGACCUACAUCUGUACCGGAUCAAGCCAGAUUGGCGCAUCGUUCUCACGCAUCCAACAUUCGGCAAAGACUAUCGAAAAUAUAUUCGUGAGAAUCUAAAUCUAUUGGUUCAAAUAACCGGUUCAACAAUUCAAGUACCCAAUGAACAUCUACGAAAAGAGCUAGCCCGUCAUACGAAUAUGUUCAUACAAAAAUUUGUUUUUCAUGAAGUGAACAAUCCCAAUAAAGCACAAGUACAAUUAAUCAAAGAGAACUACCAUCGUAUGGCACACAAGUGGCGGCAAGAUACAACAGUCACAUUAGUCGCAGCCCAUCGCGAUGUUAUCGACGAGCUUCUCGUGCAACUCACUUCAGUUAGUCGACCAUCAUCGAAGACUACCAAUACUCCGACAUUACGAACACGAUCUUCAACUAAUGUGAAAAAACAAACACCAUCAUCAUCGCCGAAACCAUCCAACGAAGAAUCUCUUACAAGUCAACCGUUGCUCAAAUCCAACGAAAACCAUACAUAUCUUCUUCCUUAUUCGAUCGAGAAUAGUGUCUAUUUUCCAUUUUUUCACACAUCGAAUUCAUUUCCUGAUCGACUGAGAACUUAUCUAUCGAGUACAUAUGAUAUUACUCUAGAAAUCAAAUUCGUCUCACCAACAAAAUUAAUACUUGAACUGAGUGGUCAGCAGAAUCUUGUCCACGAAGCACGAAAUCUCUUACAAUCACUGUUUACGUCAUUAAAAAACAAAACAUAUUCGAAUUCAUCUACGUCUUGUAAAUUCUCAAUCCCCGAUGUUCAUCGCGUAGCACAAUGGCAUCUGGAUCAAAGUGGAAUCGUCUCAUCCUGCACUUAUUCACCAAGAAAUAGUGGAACACUAUUAGUACGAUAUUUCGCUGGUCAUCCACAAUUCGGUGCUGACGAACAAACCAUCGAUGAUAUUAUUCUCAAUAAACUUUACGAUAAAACUUAUCAACUCUUAGGAAAUAGUAAAAAAUUUGAGGUAAAACUAAAUGAAUUACAGAAGACAAUUCAAAGCCGAGCAGAUUAUGGACAACACAUCUGCUGUUGGUUCCAGUCUCAAAAAGGAUCGACUGAGAACACCCAGCCGCCUUCAAUAUACCUCUGCGGUAGCAAACCGGUUGUUAACGAAGUUUACAUACAAGUGAAGACACUAGCAGACGAAUAUACACCCACAAAAUGUGAUGUACCAUUGGCGCCAAAUCAGAUUGUUUAUCUUCUCCAAUUUUGUCAAACAGAGAUAAAGAAAUUUGACAAGCGGUACGAAGAUGAUGGCGUGAAUAUACUUGCAGGAUUGAAGUCGGAUGGAACGAGUCAAGUUUUCGCACCGAAAUAUCUUCACGCGGAAGUCAAAUUGUUCCUACUUGAAAUGAGUCAAAUACAAAUGGUUUCGAAAGAUUUCAAAUGUUCAUCACAGUUACUCAAAGAGAAAAAGAGUGAAAUCAGCGCAUUAGCCAGUAGAAGGCAUUGCCUAUUGUCGAUUAGCUCAUCAUCAUUAUCGUCGUCUCCAUCGCUACCAAAAGUGCCAUCUUCUCUUGUGAUAAAUUCAAUAUCAGUGAAAGUUGGUUCUGGAGAAAUUCACGUGAUCAAUGGAGAUCUAACGAAAGAACAAGCUGACGUUAUCGUUAUAUGCUCAACAUCCAAGCUACUUUACGAAAAAGUUAUCAAAGCAGCUGGCUCAGAAGUCGAACAAGAACUAAAAGGAAAAGACCUUGCAAAUAAGACUAUUGACACAUCCGCUGGACAGUUGAGACAAGCGAAGCGGUUAUUUUUCAUUCCCUGGGCCCCACCAAGUGCAUAUUUAAACAAUUCAGAUCCUGAUUCACUUCGUCAGUCGAUUAUGGCAUUUAUUCAAGAUGCAAUUAAGUUUACUAUUCAGACAAAUCUUCAUAGCAUUGCGUUUCCGGCGAUUGGCUGUGGAGGUCAUGGUAUACCAUCCGGUGUCAUUGCGACCAUUAUGAUCGAAACAGCACAAAAGGAACUUCUAUCUAAUCCAAAAGCUCAACUAACAGUGAAGUUCGUCAUUCAACAAGCAAACGUCUGCUUGGAUUUCUCUGCAAAAUUGAAACCGACAUCAGGCUCGACUACUGCUCAUCGAACCCGCACUUCAUCACCAACUCAUUCGAUGAAUGAAGAAAAAGUUACUAUCACUCUGACAACCUCAAACGAAAAUGUGAACGUUGCAAGGUCAUUAUUAGACGCGAUUGAAAAUAUUCUCGCAUGA